AGCUCUUUUCACUGAGUAGCAAGGCUUGCAGCGGGGCGAUGCUGAGAAGAGGUGAGCGGGUGUGGGUGAACUCCGAUAUUGGUGUUCCCAUAGGUGCUUUGGUGAAAGUGACGGACACAGGUCAACGGCUGCUGGUGGACGAUGAGGGAAAGGAAUGCACGCUAUCCCGAGAACUGGAAGCCUCACUCAGGGUCAUGCACCCUACAUCAGUGGAGGGGGUGGAUGACAUGAUCCGACUGGGGGACCUGAACGAUGCCGGCCUCCUCAGAAACCUGAUGAUCCGACACAAGCUAGGCAUCAUCUAUACCUACACAGGCUCAGUGUUGCUGGCGGUGAACCCGUACCAAGAGCUGCCCAUUUAUACCAACGACCAGGUGAGGAUGUACCAAGGUCGCAAGCUCGGAGAAAUGCCUCCACACAUCUUUGCCAUCGCUGACUCCUGCCACUUCAAUAUGAGACGCUAUCAAAAGGACCAGUGCUGCAUUAUCAGCGGGGAGUCAGGAGCAGGAAAGACAGAGAGCACCAAACUGAUUCUGCAGUAUCUAUCAGCAGUCAGUGGCCAGCACUCUUGGAUUGAACAGCAGAUCCUGGAGUCCAACCCCAUCCUAGAGGCUUUUGGAAAUGCUAAAACGAUUCGCAACGACAACUCCAGUCGCUUUGGGAAAUAUUUGGAGAUAUUCUUCAAUAAAGACGGAGUCAUCGAGGGUGCUUGUGUGGAACAGUACCUACUGGAGAAAUCUCGUGUCUGCCAUCAGGCCGCGGGGGAGCGAAACUACCAUGUGUUUUAUUGCAUGCUAGUGGGGAUGACUGCAGAACAGAAGGAGAGCCUGCACCUGGGGGAUGCUACAGAGUACAGAUUCCUCACACAGGGUGACUGUAUAGUUUGUGAGGGCCGCAGUGAUGCUAAAGACUUUGACCGCAUCCGUUCGGCUCUGAGGAUCCUGACUUUCACAGAGACCCAAAGCCAAGAGAUCUUCAAGCUGCUAGCCGCCAUAUUACACAUGGGGAAUGUCGAUUUCACAGCCUCAACCAACAUCAAUAACAUGGACAGCAGCAGUGUCAGCAAAUCAGAGCACUUUAACCUGGCAGUCGCCCACCUGGAGGUACAGAGUGCAGCCCUGGCUGACAGUCUAACCUGUCGUUCCUUCCUGGCGAACAGAGAGAGUGUCACUAAACCCCUCAGCUCUGAACAGGCCUCCGACUGUAGAGACGCCUUCGUCAAGGCGAUCUACAAUAAGUUGUUCAUAUGGAUCGUUGGAAGAAUCAACAGUGUCAUCCAGAAGACGACUAAAAAAACCUCCAGACAACACAACCAUCAGUCUAUUGGCCUGCUAGACAUUUUUGGCUUCGAGAACUUCAAAACAAACAGUUUUGAGCAGCUGUGCAUUAACUUUGCCAAUGAGCAGCUCCAGCAGUACUUCGUGCAUCACAUCUUCAAGCAGGAGCAGGAGGAGUACCGGAAAGAGGACAUUGAGUGGAACAGCGUCACUUUUGGUGACAACCAACUUACUUUGGACCUGCUUGCUGGAAAACCCUGCAACCUGCUGGCACUGAUAGAUGAAGAGAGUAAUUUUCCAAAGGGCACAGAUGUCACCAUGCUGAACAAGAUCAACAUGCAACACUGCAAGAACAACCUUUAUAUUCCCUCAAAGAAUGAACACGACAGAGACUUUGGGAUCCACCAUUUCGUUGGGGUGGUUUACUACGACUCAAACGGAUUCUUGGAGAAGAAUAGAGAUGCACUCAGCUCUGACAUAAUCAAGCUGAUUAACACAUCCACCAAUAAACUUCUUCAUCAGAUGUUUAAAACUGAGCUUUCGACCAACCAAGCGAAGAACCCCGGCAAUAGCAAAAUUACUAUAACGCCCAAGAAUUCCAUGAAGAAGGAUGGCCGUAAACAGGUGCCGACACUGAGCAGUCAGUUCCGCCAGUCUCUGGACUCUCUGAUGAAGACGCUGUCUGUCUGCCAGCCUUUCUUCAUCCGCUGCUUCAAACCCAAUAAUGACAAGAAGUCCAAGUGCUUUGACAGGGAGCUGUGUAUGCGUCAGCUGAGAUACUCUGGCAUGGUGGAUACCAUCCGCAUCCGUAAACUGGGAUAUCCGAUCCGCCACAAAUUCAAGGAUUUCCUGCAGCGCUACAGAGUGCUCCUGAGGACGGCUGCCUGCGACCCCAAAACUGAGAGAGUUGCAGCCUGUUGUGAAGCCAUCUGCAAGGCUGUGAUUACUGGAGAGGACAGCUGGAUACUAGGCAAGACCAAGAUCUUCCUAAAGGAUGCCCAUGAUGCUUUCCUGGAACGUGAGCGUGAACAGGAACUCAACAAGAAGGCCCUUAUCAUUCAAAGGGUAAUGAUAGUACUCCAUGACAGAAAAUGCUUUUUGAAUAAGAGGAAGGCAGCUUUGGUGCUGCAGAGACGCUGGAGAAGUUACAGAGAGAUGAUAAAACUCAGAAAGCUCCUGCUUGGUUUUCAGCGCUUGGGCUCGAGGAUACGUAGUCGGCAGCUUCAGGUUCAAUAUAAAAAAAAGAGAGAUGCUGCCCUUGUCAUCCAGAGUCAGGUGAGAGGCUGCCUGGCCAGGAAUGAUCUGAAGAAGAAAAGAGAGGCAGUCAUUUUGUUACAGGCUUGUACCAGAGGGGUGUUGGCCAGGAGGAGAGUUCUAAAGAUGAAGACUGACAGCCUACUGUCUUUACUUCCACCUCAUUCUCUCUCUCUCUCUCUCUCUCUCUCUCUCUCUCUCGCAAAGGAGAUCCACCGCCAACUGGAAGAAGUUCUUGACCAGUCGCAGCAGGCUGCCAAGGAGCCUGAGCCAAUGAGUGAGCAGGAGGUUGUCACGAGCACGUUCCAACCCACAGCCCCUGUAGUCAGACAGGGACGAGCAUCGGUGGGCUUUGAGGUCUUGGAGGAGGAGUGUGAUGUACCAGAGAUGGUGGAGGAAACACCCGCUGAGACCUCAGCGUCAGAGUGGGAGCCAGAGACUCCAGUUGCGGACACCCCACCUCCAUCACAUUGGGAGGAAUAUGAUGAGGAGGACGAGAACAAUGAGUUCUCGUUCGUUAAGUUCAGCUCCCUUCACUUCCAGGGCAGCGCUACACACACACACAUCACCCAGAGGCUCAGACAGCCCCUCCUCCGCCACGAGGACGAGGGGGACACACUGGCAUGUCUUACCGUGUGGUGGAUCAUCCUGCGCUUUAUGAGGGAUUUACCAGAACCUAAACGGACCAAGCUGGAGCAGACCAGCCCCACAUCCAGCCCUAGAAUCCGGACUUUGGUUCAGAGGCAAGGCAGGAGGCUCAGUAACCUGGUGGGACUGGACCAGAAAAUACUGAGGAAGAACAAGAGAAAAUUCGGGGGAGGAAACAGAAGAGCCUCUACUAUUCCAGAGGAGCCUGAGGAUUUGAUGGCUGAAGAGGACAUUUUAAUUGGAGAGGGGCCGACAUUAGAUCGACCUUUGUCAUCCCUCGAACAACUGCAUAUCAUUGUUGGAUAUGCUCUGUCAAGACAACACAUACGAGAUGAGAUUUACUGUCAGAUCUGCAAGCAGCUGGUGAAGAAUAGGAGCCAAAGCAGCUGUCUGCGAGGCUGGAUCCUCCUCUCUGUCUGUCUGGGGAUCUUCCCUCCUACAGAUCUCCUGAUGAAGCAUUUGGAGAGCUUUCUCCACAGAGGGCCAGGUGGCUAUGGAGCAUAUUGUACGGAGCGCCUGCAUCGUACAGUGGCCAAUGGGCAAAGGGAAGAACCCCCUUGUUGGAUAGAGCUACAGGCUACCAAGUCAAAGAAGCCCAUGGAUGUGUCAGUCAUUCUCAUGGAUGACCAAAGUUUCUCUCUGCCCAUGGACUCAGCGAGCACCUCCGCUGAAGUCUGCCAAGUCAUAGCCCAGAGGAUCAAUCUCAAGGAUACCAGUGGAUUCUCCCUCUACAUCAGCCUCUAUGAUAAGUUGUGGUCUCUGGGCAGCAGCAGCAAGCACGUGAUGGAUGCCAUCUCCCAGUGUGAGCAGGAGGUGAGGAGGAGGGAGGGCAAGGAGGAGCAGCAUGCCCUCUGGAAGCUCUACUUCCGCAAGGAGCUGUUCACACCCUGGCAUGACUGCUCAGUGGACCCGGUCAGCACGGAUUUGAUUUACAGACAGGUCAUCAGGGCCCUCAAGUCUGGGGAGUACACCUGUGAGAAGGAAGAUGAAUAUGUCCAGCUGGUGGCAAAGCACUACUUUGUCCAGUUUGGAUUUUCGAACAGCACAGAAAAUCUGCAGACAGUGGUAAAGGAGUGCAUCCCCACCUCGCUCAUAGAGACCAAAUCCCAAACAAAAUGGGUCCAACUCAUCUCAUUAGCCCACUUACAGAACACUCAGACCAGCAACAAGAUGACGACAGAGAGUGUAAAGGCAGAAAUGGUCAACUUUGCUCUUCAAAAAUGGCCAAUUUACUUCUCCAAGUUUUAUGAAGUCACAAUGACAUCAGGACCUCCCUUGCCCAAGAGCAGAUUCAUUGUGGCCAUCAACGGCAGUGGUGUCCUUUUGAUGGACGGGAGCGACAAGAAGCUGAUGGAGCUGCCCUACAUUGAAGUGACCGGGGCCCUCAUGACAAACGGUCAGAUCGUGAGCCUGUCCACAGUUAAGGGGGAGUUUGUCCUCAAGUGUGUGGAUGCUAGGGACAUGGCUACGAUGAUACAGACAAAUCUGGAAGGACUUAGGGAGCGCUCAGUGUAUGCAGUGGCCCUGCAGGAUGUCAUCAAACCAGACGACCCCUCGUUCCUGGUCUUUAGGCGAAAUGAUCUGCUAAAGAUGGAAAAGGACAGAGACAACUCUCCGGACUGCAUUUGGAGUACAGCAACUAAUGACCGGACUGGAAACAGCGGGGCCAUUUACAUGGACAUGGUCCAGUUUCUGCCGACUCUCGACAAGCCAAAUGAUGACAUACUGCAUCUGCUCCACCCACACAACGGUGCACGAAGGAAGAGCCUCACCCCACUGGGCUCAACGCAGAGAGAGGAAGCAGUGGCCCCCAUCUCCCUCAAAGAGUUCUCGUUUGAAAACUUUAGGCAGCCAGGUAAGGAGGGGAGUCGGCAUGGCCAGUCCAAAUUGGCUGAGAGAGAGCGGCUGUGGGCUUUUUCCAGAGAACCUCUGAAACAGCCACUGCUCAGGAGCGUGGUGGACAACUCUGACCUCAGCCACCUCGCCGUCAGUGCCUUCAUAGCUAUCCUGAAGUAUAUGGGAGACUAUCCCAUCAAACAUAAUUGCCACUUCAUAGUGCUCACCGACCAAAUCUUUGGGCCUGCACUCCAGUAUGAGGCUUUACAGAAUGAGAUCUACUGCCAAAUAAUGAGACAGCUGACUACCAACAAAAACAGGCUUAGUAUGCAGCACGGCUGGCAGCUGCUGUGGCUGUGCACGGGCCUGUUCGCCCCCAGUCAGACUCUACUGAGACAUGCUCAGCGCUUUCUGGAGUCCAGAUCCAGAGACCCAAUGGCUGUCGACUGUCUGCAGAGGUUACAGGGGAUGCUCAGGGUGGAAGCCAGGAAGCUGCCUCCCCACCAGGUGGAAGUGGAAGCAAUCCAAAAGAACAGCGCCCAGAUCUUCCAUAAAGUCCACUUCCCGAACGACACGAAUGACGUCUUUGAGGUGACCUCCACCACCAGAAUCCGAGACCUGUGUCAGAGCAUCGCCUCUAAGCUCAAGCUGAGCUCAGCCGAUGGAUAUGCCCUCUUCAUGAAAACACCAAACAAGGUCACGAGUUUAGAGGACCAGGAAUACUUUUUUGACAGUUUGAGACAGACCGCGGACCUCCCAAAGAAAUCAAAGAAAAUCAAAGAAGGCACCCCUUCCACCAUGCCCUACCUGGUAAUCUUCAUGAGAAAGCUGUGGUUCAAUGUGAUCCCCGGGAGAGACCUGACCGCUGAUCUCACCUUUCAUUUUCCACAGGAGUUGCCAAAAUACCUGCGGGGGUACCACAGUUGUGGCAGGGAGGAGAUGAUAAGCCUGGCUGGGCUCCUCUUCAGAAUCCAGACCAGUUCAGACAGAUCCCAGUUUGUCAUGAUCCCCAAGAUGCUGAAAGACCUUGUUCCAGCUGACCAGAUGAAUGUCAUGUCUCCUGAUGAGUGGAAGAAGCACAUCAUCUCCUCCUACAACAAGCAGACUGGAGUCACUGUGGAGGAGGCAAAAGUCGCCUUCCUCCAAAAGAUCUCCAGCUGGCCCACUUUCGGCUGUGUUUUCUUUGAGGCCAAGCAAACAUCUGAACCCAGGUAUCCAAAUACAAUUAGGAUUGCCAUCAGCAAGCAAGGUGUCACCCUUAUAGACCCAAAGACAAAGGAGUUGCUGAUCAAGCACCCUUUCAGCCGCAUCACCAAUUGGCACAGCAGUAAAACUUAUUUCCAGAUGACCAUUGGCAGCCUGGUGAGGGACUACACGUUGUUCUUUGAAACCUCGCUGGGCCACAAAAUGGAUGACCUUCUGAGAUCAUACGUUAGCAUGUAUGAGAGGGAGAGGCUGACAGUGCUACCAAGGAAGCAGCUGUUCUCCUGAGUACUCAGCGGGAUCAAGACGGUUUACUGCAAGAAAGACCUUAAUACUACUUUAUGACAGAAACUACCAACAUUAAAUUAAAGGCUUUUGCUGUGAUGCUUUGGAUUGUAAUAUGUAACCUAGACUACUCUGAGAUGUAUUUUGUACAUGAUUUGUUGACCACUACUUCAAAUUCCAUGAUAUU